AUGUCCUUCCGGCCAACAAUGUCGCAGCCCAUCGCCUGCCCUCCAAUGGAGCACUCGCCCUCCUCCUUGUCCUCCUACUCCUCUUACUCCCCCAGUUCGUCCUACUCCGCCGUGAGCGACGACUCGGGCAUGAGCAUGUUGGACAUGUACUUCCUGCACGGUGGCCGUGGACACGGCGCCAGCCCCGGCACAAGCACGGGUCCCGGCAGCGUCGUCGAUUUCCCGCUCAGCCAGCAAUCGUUCGAUUUCGAGCCUUCGUCGCUGGACAGCAAUGGCCCCUACUUCGAGUUCAACCCGACUUUCGUAUACACACCCGAGGCGUUUCCCGUCAUGGACGCCCCGACCUCCUACCCGGCGAGCUCGAACCCGGCCUGGUCGCCAACCUCCAUGCUUGUCGAGCAGUCGAUAUUUCCUCUCGACGGGCUUAGCCAAGAACCAGUCAAGCCAGCCAAACCCUACAGCUGCGAAGAUUGCGGCAAGGCCUUCACCCGCCCAGCGGACCUAAAGCGCCACCAUAGCACUGUACACUACCCGGUUUUCCAGAACUGCCCUGUACCGGACUGCUCGCGCAAGGACAACCAUGGCUUUCCGCGGCGCGACCACCUCGUCGAGCACCUGCGCUCGUACCACCACAUGGAUGUGCCGAAGCGGCGCGCAGCAAAGCGAUUGAGAACUGUUUAGACACCAAUUGUUCACUGCUCUACCACUUUCUGCGCCGUAUCACGACCGUUAUCUAACUACCCUUCUGUUUUUAUACUCUGCUUCUCGAGGCUCGACCUGUUUUAUACCACCCUUUUUUUUUUUCUUUUUUUUUCUUCCUAUUGCUUCUUGUUCUCACGGCUAACGACUAAUGCGGUGUGGGAUUACUGGACGGCGUUAUGAGACAGACGAGACUAGCGAGAUUUCUCUCACAUCUGCUUUGCUUCUGAUGUCUUGUCGUUCCUCAUGUUGUUAUACGCUAUAGACGGUCGGCGUUGGAGAUACCUGGCAUUUUAUUAUUAUCAACAAUACAUCAUAAACAAUU